AUGGAUAAGAAUUUAACAUGUCAACAUGGUGGACAAUGUAUUCUUGUUGAUGAAUAUAUGAUAUCGAAUCAAAAAUAUGUAUGUAUUUGUUCAAAAGGUUAUAUUGGUAAUCGAUGUGAAAUAGCUGAGAACAAAAUAAUUCUAUCAUUUGAAAAUAGUAUUAUUUUAACUCAAUCGAUAUUUAUUUAUUUCAUAGAAGUUAUUAAUGACGUUGUUAUUCAGAAAACUUAUAAACAAUCAAUAACAAUUACUAAAAUGAUAAAUCCAUCAGAUCGUUGUCAACAUAUAAAUGAAUUAUUUAAUGAAACUUUUGUUCAAAUGCAUGUUAUUCAUCGUAUUAAAUAUUAUCAUUUACCAUGUCAAAACUAUUCAUUAAAUCUUUCUUGUUUUUAUGAUGAUUUUCAACGUCAAAGUGUUUGUGAAAAUGAUGGACAAUGUUUUCAAGACACUCCAGAUUGUCCACAAAGAUCUAUGUGUAUUUGUUCAGCAUGUUUUUAUGGAACACGAUGUCAAUUUAGUUCAAAUGGAUUUGGUUUAUCAAAAAUUGUAAAAAUUAGUUUAACAUUAACUAUAAUCUUUAUGAUUGUAGGAUUGAUCAAUAGAAUUUUAGCUUUGAUUACAUUUAAGAAUAAAAUUAUAUGUGAAGUUGGUUGUGGUUUAUAUUUAUUAGGUUCAUCAAUUACUAUUUUACUUACAACGAUUAUAUUUGGAUUGAAAUUUUAG